AGAGCGCGGACCCCCCCUGCACUCGGGAGCGCUGUGAGGUGCGUCCUCUGCUCCAUCCCUCCCUCUCUCCACUCAUCCAGGGAGGAAGGGAAAAAAAACUGCAGUCACACGAUAACCUUGAGAGCAGCGGCUCGCUGUGCUGGACCACGUUAAACCGAGCGAGCCGUGCAGUCUGGGCGUGGGUGCGAAUGUCCCCGGCGAGCUUGGCUACCGUCACCCCUCCGAGCAGCCAGGUAGCCGGCGCUGGCGGAGCCUCUCCCCGAUUCUCAAAGGAAACCUGGGUGUCGGGAUCUUGUGAAAAGAUGCGGGGCUACGCGGAUUCGUCUGUCCGUUCGCGUUGAAGCACCCGGACGUGUCGGCAUCUGAAACGGGGGGAAAAGCUGCUUACUUUCGUGGGCGAUCGGUCCAAGCGAUGGACUUGAGAUAGUGGAUCUCCGCUUUUGUGUCUCUUCGCUGGGAGCUGCAGUCGGGCGAGUUACGAGAGGAUGUUUGGGAGCAGCUGGAGAAAUCCGUUCCUGAGACGUAACGACGACGGAGCCUCUCUCCGAGCCGCGAGAACCUGAAGCGCUGCUCAGCCCGCUCCUAGUGAGACCAGAUGCGGUUGCUUACAAAGGAGACUUUCAUGCAGGCAAGGUAACAGGUAGGAUGGUGGCCGGGGAGGCGAGUGGACACAGCUACCUGGUAGCCUGCUGGCAGCCCAUCCUGAUCCUUAUGCUGGGCACGGUGCUGUCAGGCUCUGCCACGGGCUGCCCAUCCCGCUGCGAAUGCAGUGCCCAGGAGCGCUCAGUGGUGUGCCAUCGCAAGAAGCUGAUGUCCGUUCCCGAGGGCAUCCCAUCUGAAACUCGACUGUUGGACCUCAGCAAGAAUCGCAUCAAGACCAUCAACCCUGAGGAAUUUGCCAGCUUCCCGCUGCUGGAGGAGCUGGAGCUGAACGAGAACACCAUCUCGGCAAUAGAGCCCGGCGCCUUUAAUAAUCUGUACAGCUUGCGGACGUUGGGCCUGCGCAGCAACAAGCUGAAGCUCAUCCCGCUUGGGGUCUUCACUGGGCUCAGCAAUCUCACCCAUCUGGAUAUCAGCGAGAAUAAGAUUGUCAUUCUGCUGGACUACAUGUUCCAGGACCUGUACAACCUGAGGUCCCUGGAGGUGGGUGAUAACGACCUGGUCUUCAUCUCUCACCGAGCUUUCCAUGGCCUCAACAGCCUGGAGCAUCUGACGCUGGAGAAGUGUAACUUGACCUCUGUGCCCACUGAGGCAUUUACCCACCUCCACAGCCUGAUUUCUCUCAAGAUGAGGCACCUCAACAUCAACAUCAUCAGGGACUACUCCUACAAGCGACUCUACCGGCUGAAGCUUCUGGAGAUAGCCAGUUGGCCCUUUCUGGACACCAUGACAUCCAACUGCCUGUAUGGACUCAACCUCACCUCCUUGACCAUUACUCAUGGAAAUCUGACUACCAUUCCCUAUGUGGCUCUCCGGCACCUUGUUUAUCUGCGCUUUCUGAAUCUGUCCUACAACCCUAUUCAAACUAUAGAGGGGAACAAACUACAUGAGUUGCUGAGGCUCCAGGAGUUUCACCUAGUGGGUGGCAGGUUAGCUACCAUCGAGCCCUACUCAUUCCGGGGUCUCAACUACCUUAGAAUCCUCAAUGUGUCCAGCAACUACCUGACUACCUUAGAGGAGUCAGUGUUUCACUCCGUAGGCAACUUGGAAACCUUGGCCUUGUACGACAACCCCCUGGCCUGUGACUGUCGCCUCCUGUGGGUUUUUCGUCGCCGCUGGAGACUCAACUUUAACCGGCAGCAGCCAACGUGCGCCUCGCCGGAAUUUGUCCAGGGCAAAGAGUUCAAGGACUUCCCUGACGUCCUCCAGCCCAACUACUUCACCUGCCGUAAAUCAAGGAUCCGGGACCGCAAAGCCCAGCAGAAAUUUGUGGAUGAAGGGACUACUGUUCAUUUUGUCUGUCAGGCGGACGGUGACCCAGCACCUGUCAUUAUGUGGCUGUCUCCGCGGAAGCAAUUCAUAACCACUAAAACCAUUGGGCGGCUGACCGUGUUCCCCGAUGGGACCCUUGAGGUUCGGUAUGCCCAGAUCCAAGAUAACGGCACGUACGUGUGCAUCGCGAGCAAUGCCGGGGGCAAUGACACCGUGCUGGCUCACCUGCAUGUGCACAGCUACUCCCCCGACUGGCCCCACCAGCCCAACAAGACGUUUGCUUUCAUCUCCAACCAGCCAAACGACAGCAGUGCCAAUGGGACAAGGCCCACGGUCCCCUUUCCCUUCGACAUCAAAACCCUGAUCAUUGCAACCACCAUGGGUUUCAUUUCUUUCCUGGGUGUCGUGCUCUUCUGCCUGGUGCUCCUCUUCCUUUGGAGCCGUGGUAAGGGUAACACCAAGCACAACAUUGAGAUAGAGUACGUGCCCCGCAAGUCGGACGCCGGUAUGAGCAACACUGUCACAGACGCCCCGCGGAAGUUCAACAUGAAGAUGAUAUGAUGGACCUUCAAGAGUGGGUCAUCAGUAUCACCAGAAAGUAAUAAAUAAAGCAAAGAAUAAAGGAACCCACAACACAAAAAAAGAAAAGGAAAAUUGUGAAUUCCCCCAAUCCUGCCGGAUUCUGGAACGCUGUCACCGAAUGUCACAACCGUUACUGAGCUGGGGGUGGGUACCCAAAGCUUUCAUUACAAUGUGUGUUGUAUCCAAGGGGAAAAAAUGACAACACAGCAGAUACUUCAGCUCGAUGGUACCUUCUGCUGGGCCUGCAGGGGCCACAUCUUUGAAAGCAGACUCUGCAAGGGACUGUCCCUCCUGUGGAUUUUUACCGGGGAAAAAAAAAAAAGAUUUAAAAGAAAAAAAACAAAAUUAACCAUUCUAAAUGUGCGUAUCAUCAGCCGGAAUGUGAAAGGCAGAUCAUCUUCCAUCCUGUCUUUUGCCUUUUUUGAUUUUCUUUUUAUAAUAUCUGAAAGCCUAUACAUGCUGUAUGGUUUAAUGAAACACUGUACAUAUCCAAUUCAUGGGUUGAUGAGCACAUUAUUAUGGGUUCUGAUGUUACAUGCUAAUGUCACUAGCAUGUUUUUACUGCUUUAUAUACAGUGGAAAGUCCAGAAUUUCACACUCUGCAGUAACAGAAAAUAUGGUAUGAAAAUAGUUCAGUGCAUUAAUUCAUUAUAAGAUUUGACAAUCACAUCACCACUAUGGUUUGUUUUGUGACAUUAAUUGUUUAAAAAAGGCCAUCUAUACAUUUUGACUUGAUCUGUUUCCCACCAAAGUGAUUGUUCUGAUUGUCUUAAAAACCUUGCCAGUUAAACACUCAGUCGGUAGUCUGAGUGAAUUGGCAUUCAAUCGUGAUGUUGUUAUCUGAGUGCAGAUCUUCUAUCAUAUUGUGUAACUCGAACCACUUAAUUAACUGCUUGUUGUAUAGUGUCUGCCCUAGUGGACAACAGCUGUGUAUGCGGGAGAUUUGCCUGACCCUUCCUCGCUUCUCUUCAUUACAUCACCUUGAUAUUAUGCAGCAGGGACAGUGGGACUUACAUCCUGGAUGCUGAGGUCAUGCAAUAACAAGCUGAGUACGACAUACAGGCAAGUCUGUAGUCUUUGGUCAGCGUCAGCAGCCGUGCAUCUGUUUCUACGAAGAACCCCUAAAGAACCAGGUUCAUACCAUCGAGCAAGUUCUCAAAAACAAAUACAGGGUCCAUCAGCGAUAUCCAUCGACAACCGGAAAAAUGGGAAGAAUUGUCAGAAGAUUAGUCAGAGUACAAUGUAACGUACACUGGUACAUGUUACACCAUUGCCAAAAAAUGUAAUGCAUAUGAUAAAAACCAUGAAGUCCACUUCUUAUUCAAAGAAUACCUCAAAUAUCCUGUAAUUGCCAACAGACUUUUUUUUUUUCUUUUUCUAAUAGUUCCUGUAACUAAUCUUGUUAGGUACCAAAUCAAAACAUUCGCUGAUUUUCUGAUAUUUACAAAACUACAAUAUGUCUAUCACACCUUCUGUUCCUUUACAAUUUAACUUUUACACUAAACGUAAUGUGUUCAUCAACCCUUAACACUCCCCAUACUGUUACUAGCAAAAGUGCAGGUUUGAAAGACAAACUAGUAGAAUGAACUUUUUAAAAAAUAUAUAUAUAAAUUAUUCCCUACAUAAAAAAGCCCUGAAGGUUAGUAGGCUUUUGUUUCGUUACCGCGGCGUCAGGCUAAGAGGCGGUCUGCACUCUCACAAACAUUCGCAGCCACGUGAAACAAAGCCGGUGCCUUUUCCGGCACACUCCGUGGACGGCUGGGGUCUUCGGGAUGAAGGCAGUGGGCUGGGUUAUUCACAAUGGGUGACAUUAAACCCCUUUGGGGAGCAAAUGGGUUGGAAGCAGGGCCAAAAAUGGAAGCGGGGAGCGUCACAGCUGGUCUCACCCUCAGCAGGCGUGUUAUUUUGUCCCAGAACCAUUGGAUAUGACUUAUUCUGCUCUGUACUGAUUAAAAAUAUUCCUGUUA